UUCCGGGACUCAGGCCCUCGGCUGACAUGGGCUCUUGCGGCGAGUGGAAGAGCUUCCUGGCGCCCGGAUUGCUGCAGCACAAACUGGCCAUCGUCACUGGCGGGGCCACGGGUAUCGGAAAGGCCAUCGCGACGGAGCUCCUGCAGCUGGGGUGUAAUGUGGUGAUUGCAUCUCGUAACUUUGAUAGAUUAAAAUCUGUUGCAGAUGAACUGAAGGCCAGCCUGCCCCCCACCAACCAGGCUCAGGUCACUCCCAUAAAAUGCAACAUCCGCAAAGAAGAGGAGGUGAACAAUUUGGUCAAAUCCACCUUAGAUACUUAUGGUAAGAUCAAUUUUUUGGUGAACAAUGGAGGAGGCCAGUUCACGUCUCCUACAGAACACAUCAGUGCAAAGGGAUGGCAUGCUGUGAUUGAGACCAACCUGACAGGCACCUUCUACAUGUGCAAAGCAGUUUACAACUCCUGGAUGAAAGAGCAUGGAGGAUCUAUUGUCAAUAUUAUUAUCCUUACUAGAAAUGGAUUUCCAGGAUUUGUGCAUAGUGGAGCUGCCAGAGCAGGGGUUUACAACCUCACCAAAUCCUUAGCUGUGGAAUGGGCCAGCAGUGGAAUAAGGAUCAACUGUGUUGCCCCUGGAGUUAUUUAUUCCCCAACUGCUGUUGACAACUAUGGUCCUUUGGCAAAAGACUUAUUUGGAAAUUCCUUUAUGAGAAUCCCAGCGAAGCGAAUUGGAGUUCCUGAGGAGAUCUCCCCGCUGGUCUGCUUCCUGCUGUCCCCUGCAGCUUCCUUUAUUACUGGACAGUUGGUGGACGUGGACGGGGGCCAGUCUUUGUAUACGCACAUAUUCGAUGUACCAGAUCAUGACAACUGGCCUGACGGGGCAGGGGACCUUUCUGUUGUCAAACAGAUGAAGGAGACUUUCAAGACUAAAGGCAAGCUCUGAGCUAAGGAAACUGGAGGUGUCAUUUGUCCCCAAAUGCCUUAAUAUCUCAAGAACGCACUUUGGUACUUUCCAGGAGCUGAUAAUAUGAAUGGAAUAAUCACUUUCUGCCUUUUUAAUGUUAUCAACUAUGCUUAUGCAAAAACUGUUCUUGAAAUAAUGCGUGUUUAAGCCCCAAACAACACUGGUUAGCCUGUGAUUAAAGAUUUCUCUUUUAGGAAUGGGGCUUAACUUACUUUAUGAUUAUGCCUUUUAUUUCUGAGCAAGAUAAUUGGAAAAUGAAAUAAUUUCAAAUUAAUAAUAGAGGUAUCAUGAUCUCCCAAAAGGUUUUAAUAUUUAAUUGUAAAGGUGGGCCAUAAAUC